UAUGACCUGAUGCAGAUGCAGGAAGCCAGAGAGGGCGGUGGCCUUGAAGACGACAUGGUGGAGGGAGACCUAGGUGCUGGGAUGGAAGGCAGAAUGGAACCUAGCUUCACCAGGAAAAAGAACCGCUGCACUGCUGAGUCCACAGGAAGCUUGUUGUUUGGAGCCAAACUCCUGUGGAACAGCAGCAUAGCAGGUGAAGCACAUUGGACACCUGGAAUAAAUUCUUUAUUCCAGCAUUCCACCGAGAAGCAAUACAGUGCAACCUGGAAUCUGGUGCAAACAGGCUCACUGGAUGAAUUGUCCAAAGAGGACCUGAAGUCAAAACUGCAGGAAGCCACUGAGGUCAUCGACAUGUUACGCUGUGAACUGGAGGUGGCACAUCGUUACCUGGAGGGCAAAUAUGAAGCUCUGAAGAUCCUACAGGGAAAGGCCAUUCUAGACAAAGCCACGAGCCACACUAAAAGUCUGCUGCACAAAUGUGAGGAAAGGAACAAAGCUCUGGAGAAGGAGGUGAACAGUUUGCAGUGGGAGCUGAGCUUCAGCCAGGUACAGAUGAAGAGGUGUGAGCAGUCGUGGGAGCAGAAGUACAACAGAAUUCUGAGUGAGAACGAAAUUCUAGCUGACAACCUUGAAGAGAAGGCAAGGGAAAUUCGGCAGCUUCGAGCUGAAAAUUGUGCUCUCGGUCGACAUCGUUUGGAGCUCAUGUCCCUGUUGAAUGUGAAGGAAAAGAGCCUUUUCCAAGAAACUAAACCACAGUACGAUCCAGAGAGAGAUGGAAGUGUUCUGGAGCUGGCAGUGUUGGGGGCUUGUCGCUGUCUUGGUGUUCCUGAAGCUUGUCCAUGUAGUCGUACGGCUGCCGCCAGCAGGAAGCAACUCAUUGAGCUGCAACAAGAGUUGGAGGUUCAGUGCAGGAUGAGGGAUGAGGCCAUGAUGGUUGCAGAUGCCUUUCGUAUUGCAUUUGAACAGCAGCUAAGGAAAAGAAGUGAACACUUCAUUUUGCUAGCUGAGGCCAACAUCCUCAAAUCUCAUCACUGUGGGCCUGAAGGUGCUAAUCGGCCUUCUUUAAUCAGCGUAAGCCAGAGAUUGAGAGGACUGCUACCUUGUAGCCUGGAUGUGAAGAUGCCUGAUGAUGUUUUGGAGACUCUCUACACCUUGCUUGACCUGCUCAAUGACAAGGAGGAAGCUUUGGCGCACCAGAAGAAAGUUAGCAUCAUGUUAGCUCGCAGUGCCGAGCAGCUACAGAGGCAGUUACAGCCAGAGUCACAGAACCACACAUCAGAAUCAUUACUGCCCAGGACUCUAUCAAAACCACAACUAUCCGAGUCCAGGAUCCCAUCAAAACUAGAACCACCAGAUCCCACAAUCACCUUCAAACAUGGACCAUCUGAGUCCAGCAUGCCAGCAGAAGUAGGACCAACAGAGUCCAGGAUCCCAUCAAAACAAGAAGUAUCACAGUGUAAAAUCUCAUUAAAACCACAACUAUGUGAGUCCAGGAUACCAUCAGAACCAGAAUCAUCAGAGCCCACAGUCACCUUCAAUCAGGGAUCAUCAGAGUCCAGCAUACCAGCAGAAGCAGGACUUCCAGAGUUCAGGAUCUCAAGACAAGAGGCCUCACAGUGUCCAAUCCCACUAAAAUCACAACUAACAGAGUGUCAGGGUCAGUGUUGGCAACUGUCAGAUCAAACCUGCAGCAAACCACAGCAUGCAUGUGAGUUGCCAGUUGCCAACACUCAGUCAGGAUACCCAUCAGAACCCAAGAUCCGGUUAACAUGGACCCGCAACAACCAUUUCUCUGAGAUCCAACCACAGCGGCUAAAAGACAUAUCAGAGUCAACCAUCCAGCAACAAGAUAUAGCUGAUUACACAUCACCUGUGCAGCAGGAGGAGUCACACUGAACAGGAAACACGUGUGGUCGGUGCCUAGUGUGUAAAAUUGUUUUCCUGGAGCUAAAAUCCCUAAAGAAUACAAUCACAGUACUGCAGUGUCACUGCUCAUUACCACUGUUAAAGACAUAUAACUGUGCAGCUUCUCUUGGGUUUGAGAUCAUCUGCAGUCCUUAUCUAUGAUUAAGAGGACUGCACACUUCAUCUGAUUGAGUUCAUCUGAUCAGGUCCAAAGAACAAUUUAUUUUCAAUUUAAUUCAAAUUAUUUAAUUUAUAUAGCGCCAA